UAUAUGAAAUAAAUAGAGAUCUGUCAUUCUGUUAGUUCAUACAUUCUGCAAACCUGUUUAAUACUCGUUCAAGUUUUUAGAAGGUUCUGAUAUAUUGUCCAAAAUGAGUUCAGAUAAGCCAGCCGAUCAAGAAGUCUAUGCUUUUAACGCUGAUAUCUCUCAACUCCUGAGUUUGAUUAUCAAUGCGUUCUAUAGCAAUAAGGAAAUCUUCUUGCGUGAGCUCAUUAGUAAUGCUAGUGAUGCCUUGGAGAAAAUCAGGUAUGAGGCCAUCAAGGACCCAAAGCAAAUUGAGGCUCAACCCGAAUAUUAUAUACGGUUGACCGCUGACAAAGCCUCAAAUACCCUUACUAUUGAAGAUUCUGGUAUCGGUAUGACAAAGGCAGAUUUGAUUAAUAAUUUGGGUACCAUUGCCAAAUCUGGAACUAGAGCCUUUAUGGAGGCCUUGCAAGCUGGCUCAGAUAUGUCCAUGAUUGGACAGUUUGGUGUCGGUUUUUAUUCAGCUUAUUUGGUUGCCGAUAAGGUUACCGUUGUAUCAAAGAAUAAUGAUGAUGAACAACACAUUUGGGAAUCCACUGCUUCGGGUCACUUUACUAUCACAAAGGAUGAAACUGGUGAAAAGUUAGCUAGAGGUACCAAGCUCAUUCUACACCUGAAGGAAGACCAAACUGAGUAUUUGGAGGAGAGGCGUCUUAAGGAACUUGUUAAGAAACACAGUGAAUUCAUUAGCUUCCCAAUUAGCCUCUCUGUUGAAAAGACACAUGAAACAGAGGUCACAGAUGAUGAAGCUGAGGAAGAAAAGGCUGAUGAUGCUGAAAAACCAAAGGUAGAAGAAGUUGAUGACGAAUCUAAGGAUAAGGUAGAAGAUGUAACCGAGGCCGAGGAGUCAAAGGAAAAGAAAAAGAAGAGAAAGGUGCAAUCCGUUACUCGUGAGUGGGAAAUGCUUAACAAACAAAAGCCCAUCUGGAUGAGGCUCCCAUCUGAAGUCACAAACGAGGAGUAUGCUAGCUUCUACAAGAAUAUUACCAACGAUUGGGAGGACCAUUUGGCUGUCAAGCAUUUUUCGGUGGAGGGUCAGUUGGAGUUCAAGGCCCUCUUGUUCAUUCCAAAGCGUGCUCCAUUUGAUAUGUUUGAGAGCAGAAAAAAGAAAAACAAUAUCAAGUUGUAUGUUAGGCGUGUGUUUAUCAUGGAUGACUGUGAAGAGCUGAUCCCAGAAUGGCUUAGCUUCGUAAAGGGUGUUGUGGAUUCUGAGGAUCUCCCACUUAAUAUUAGCAGAGAAACUCUUCAACAAAACAAGAUUCUUAAGGUUAUUCGCAAGAAUCUUGUUAAGAAGUGCUUAGAACUAUUCAAUGAACUGACAGAAAAGAAGGAGGACUUUAAGAAGUUUUAUGAACAAUUUAACAAGAACCUGAAAUUAGGUAUUCAUGAAGAUAACGCAAAUAGAACUAAGAUCGCUGAACUUUUGCGUUUUGAUACAACUAAGAGCGGUGAUGAGGCCAUUAGUUUGAAGGAUUAUGUCGAUAGAAUGAAGGCCGACCAGAAAUUCAUUUACUACAUAACUGGCGAAUCUAAGCAGAGUGUCUCAUCUUCCCCAUUCCUGGAGGCUUUGCGCGCCAGAGACAUUGAAGUCAUUUAUAUGACCGAUCCUAUUGAUGAGUAUGCUGUCCAACAAAUCAAGGAAUUUGAGGGUAAGAAACUCAAGUGCUGCACUAAGGAAGGUUUGGAUCUUGAAGAUCCAGAAGAGGAAAAGAAGUCAUUCGAGGCCCUCAAAGAGGAAAUGGAACCACUCUGUAAACUUAUCAAGGAAAUCCUCCACGACAAGGUUGAGAAGGUUACCUGUGGAAAGAGAUUCACUGAAUCCCCCUGUGCUCUUGUUACUUCCGAGUUUGGUUGGUCCGCAAACAUGGAACGUAUAAUGAAAGCCCAAGCACUCAGAGAUUCUUCAAUUACCAGCUAUAUGGUUAGCAAGAAGAUCAUGGAAAUCAACCCUAAGCAUGACAUCAUGAAGGAGUUGUUGAGCCGCUCCAACUCAGAUAAGACCGACAAGACAGUCAAGGACUUAGUCUGGUUGCUCUAUGACACUGCUCUCCUUACAUCCGGAUUCAAUUUGGAUGAGCCCACUCAGUUCGGUAACAGGAUCUACAGAAUGAUAAGAUUGGGCCUUUCACUUGACGACGAUGACCUUGCCGAUGACUCUGCCGGCCUCCCCCAACUCGAGGAAUCAGUAGUAGAUUCCAAGAUGGAGGAAGUUGAUUAA